AAUUAAGUUCAACUCGUGCCCAACACUGGCCUAAAGGCACAGCCUCAUAUAAUAUUAUGAUACUGUGGCAACUGCGGUUAAGUAGAGUUCCCUCGUUUAACAGAACCUCCUCAGUCUGUUAUAAAAACUAUGAUGUCUGAUCAACAUCACAAAAUCCUUAUCAGAACAGAAGUUUAUGAUGUCAUAAAAAGUUUAGACACUGCCACCGAUGCUUUGAACAUCAAACAGAAGCUUCAACACCUGUUUAUCCUCCUUCCCACCCAAGACACACCCGAAAACUCAUGGCUUCCAGAAGCGCUGCUUCCUAAAGCCCGGGAAGAAUUCCAACAUUUCCAUUAUGCUCAUUUCCUAAGUGUACUUAGUGAUCAUUUCUGUGUGGACUGGAGUCGGAAGCUAAGCAAGAAGGAGUGGACAGACUAUGUGGAUGUGUUCUUCCUUGAUGGCUGGCCUCUGAAUUCCUUCAUGUAUCUCUGCCAUGCUCUUCCACAAUCUAAACCCAGUUUUAAACAAGACAAGUGUGUUUUUCUACUCACAGAGUUGAUUCAUAGGCACAAAUUUGAGGAGAUAAUCUGGCAACAGUGCUUUGUGCCAAAAGGUCAUGCUGAGGAUGUUAAACGACAGACUGAAUGGGAGGGCGCUAUAACAUUGAUCAUUUCCUUGCCAGACAGAGUUGCAAACAAAUUACAGAAACGACUUGGACCUAGACUGUUGCCUCAGCCAUAUUUUACCAUCCUUGCAAGAGACAUAUUGAAUGUUCUAAUAAAAGUACAACAGAAUUUACAAGAUGGAGAGAGUUUAUCUAUCACAUUUUUGGGUCUUCUGAUUGGACGGAUUUGUCAAAGUGGUCACACAGAUACACUACUGGAUGUUAUACUGCCCUCAUUAGUUGAACUUUCCGAUGAUAGCCUCAUAUGGCAGAGAAUAUGUGAACAGCUGUUCUUACAUGUUCCUGACAGGUGUUUGGAAAAGCUUGUGGUGGGAGUUUUGAAGAAGACUCCUUGGUUUGGGUUCCUUGGCAACAUGUUAGGAGAUGCUGUAACCAAGAGCAACACACUGCAGACACUUCUAACCAAGAAGCUUCUUCUAAUGAGGCAUUACCCUGAAGACUUGUUUCUGCAAAAUAUCUUUGGUUAUUUAGCUGGCUCAGAAAAAAGAAGGAAGUUGCUACCAAAGAUUUUGAAAUCUUUGCUAGAGACGUGGUCGGAUGGGAGUUCAGUGAAGCAUACAUCUUAUGAUCAACAUCUCUACAUCUCAAAAGCUGUCGUCAUUGCCAUUGGUCACCUUAAUCAAACUGAAAUCUGCAAAAAUAAAGAUGAUUAUUUGAAGUUUCUGAUGGAUGGUAUGAAACACCACCUUCAGUCUCCGAUCCCAAACAUGCGUCAACUUGGUAUGAUGUUGGCCGAAACGCUUACUAAGCAGCUUGAUUCAUCCGGGCACCACUCCCUAAAAUUUGAGUACGAAGAGAAUGCUGAAACUGAAGCGUUUAAAUCGCUACUUCACCCACCGAAAAAACCCAGUAAAGAAGAUACUCAAAAAUUUUUGCCAAAACUAAAAGAAGUUGUACAAAGUGACUUUGGUUCUAAAAAAAGGGACACUGAAGUCCUGCCAACAACCCAUACAGCAGAGGAAGAAGAGUUAGAUAGUGAUGACGACCUGGAGCCAUAUGAUAUGUCUUGUGACACGCCAGUGAAGUCUGUGAAGACACCUGUGUACAUACGAGACUGCAUGGCAGGGCUCAUUUCAAAUGACAAACCAGACUUGUUUGAAGCGUCUUUGGAAGUGGCUGCUAACUUAGUUACCAUUGCACCAGACUUUAAAGAGGUGUGUGUGGAGUAUAUGAAGAUUCUGUUAUCUGUUGAAGACAGAUUCAGUACAACAAACUUCGCUCAGCUUCGACAUUCUGCUAUAGUGGCAGCGGCUGUCAGAGCCCCUCAAUUGGCAGCUGGUGUUCUUACUCAAGAAUUUUAUGAUAGGAAUUACAACAUCAAACAGAGGCUAGACAUGCUCGAGGUUCUGGCUGAUGCAUCUCAACAGCUAUCAAAGCCUCUCUCUGGAGAAAAGAAAUCACAACUAGACAAACCAACCCAAGUCGCUAUGGAAACUGAUAAAGGUUUGGUGAAAGCAGAGCAUUGGAAAGAUAUUGUACAAAGACGAAUUGAUAGUAAAACGAGAAGAUUUGGCAAGGGACCAAGAAAACCUGCAAUGAAACCAACUGAAAAUAGAUUUGCUGAGUUUGCUGGGCACUUUUUCUUCCCGCUCAUUAGGCAUUAUGACAACUCUAUGAAUACAAUGGACAUGCUUGGGGAUGACUUUCUUUUGCUGGGUCGUCUGCUCUUCACACUCGGCAUCAUUGUAGCGUCGGCCGAGAAUGCACCUGUACUAAGACAGAUGGCCAAGAGUAUGUUGGAGCUAAUAUGGGUGCUAAGGUACCACACGGAACCAUUUGUGCGCCGUGGAUUGCUCUUCUCACUUUCCAUGGUGCUACUGACAGUGCCAUCCUUCAUCCUUGUUUCAGAGAUGCAGGAUGAACUAAUGGAAUGCAGAUAUUGGCUUCAGGAUAUCUUGUGUAAAGAUACUGAUGUUGAGAGCUGUAAACUGGCAGCCAAGGCCGGAGAACUGUUAGAUUACAAUAUGCAAAAGGAAUUAGUGCAUGACCAUUCAAGUGAGGGAUGAAAUCUAAUGAUGGAGCAGCAAGCAUUGAAAAUAUUGCAAUUGUUGUUGAUGGCAUCCUUGAAUAGAAUGCAGGGAGGACAAGCAGAGAGCAGAGACUAGGACAGCAAUGCUACCAGACAUAGAUGUUGCAUGCAAAAUAAUGCAAUUGUUGUGGUGGAUGGUAUCCUCGAAGGAAAUGCAGGGAGGAUGGGCAGAGACUAAAACAGCAAUGCUACCAGACGUUGAUGUUGCAUUGAAAAUAAUGCAAUUUUUGUGGAUGGUAUUCUACAGGCUGUGGUGACCUAAAGAUUUCAAAGGAAAUAAUAAAUGGUCAACUUAUAGAGUACAUAUUGUUGGAACCUCUAUGCGCUUAACGGACCUAAGAAAGUAAUACUUAAAACCAAAACCUUAAAAUGGAGGUAAAACUAUCCCCGCUGGACAGCAUCCCAGUAUUUCCAAAUAAAGGUUUCGGGUGAAACUUGAAAUUGUUUAGAAAUGUUUUCAAACGGGACUUAAAUAAUUAAACAGAACUGACAUCUUUAUUGAGUCAGGUAAGCGGUUCCAUAAUUUCAAGGAUCACGUACUGUAAGUGGUUCAGUAAGUGUCUGUCCCACAAGGAGGUUCUUCGAUGCGGAGUUUUGGGUGGUAUUCUGCUAUCAGAUCCAAUAAGUACUUUGGUAGGACAAGCAUAGACUGUAUCCUUUAAAAGAAUGUAGAGAGGAUAAUGAUCAUCCACUUGAGAAACCCACAUCCCACGUAAACAUAGUCUUGCAUUUUUGUGGGACAUGUGCAUAUUCCCGGACCCUAACUUGUUCUAAUUGGUCGGAUGCACUGGAAAGGUCGAUUUGAUUAUGGCAGUUAAAUUGCUGUAUGUAUGUGCAUGGUGAAAUGAAACACACUUCUAAGCCAAUAAACAGACACCAUAAACAUGUAUGUAUUUACUGACCAUUCAUAAGAAUUUUAAUAUAAAAUAAUGUCAUGUAAUACUGAUAUACAAUGUCAAACAAGGUCAUAGGUCAAGAAAACAAAAAAAUUAAGAUUGUGAGUCACAGUUCUGUUGAAUGCACAAUGUUAUAUUUAUUGUUCAUCGAACGGUUUGAAGACUACUAAUUUGGUGUGUAGAUUUUUACUGCUUUGUCAUUACUGUAAAAGCACCAUUUGCACAAAAGCUCUAAAAGCACUAUUUGCACAAAAGCUCUAAAAGCACAUGUACGUAUGUACUGUCCAAAAUAUCUGGCCUGGAUCUUUCAAUCUUGUUUUUGAGCAUGUUCAAUUGCCAGUACAAUAUUGUAUAUUUGUCCUGUCGUGCACUCCCGAAUGUAAUCUGUUAUGUUUGCUGUCAGUACUAUGAGGUAAGAUUUAUACUUGAAAGAAUUUCAUCUAGUCUUUAGUUGAAUUAGUAUACUGUAAAAAAUGUUAAAAUUAUUAACUUUAGUCUAUAUAUUGAAGAACUAUUUACAGCAUACUAAGAUUUAUACUGAUAUUUUUUUGAUGCAAACCAAGUUUGAUAAAUCUAGCAAUACAAUGAAUCAAUUAUUCAAAUCCUAAUUAAAAUAUAAGAAAAUUGCAGCAGGCUAGAAUACGCAAUUCCAUCAUAUAGAGUGACAAUAUACAAUGGGCAUGGGCGUAGGCUGGGGUGCAGAUGUUCUCCAAUGAUGGCAAACUAGUUUUGUUAACUGGGUUAUGAACAUGGGCACAGAUCAUGGGGACGAGGACACGUCCCCCACUUUUUGACCAUAAUGUAAUUUCAUGAGUCAAGAAGAUGCCUGAAAAUUGUUGAAAUAAACUGCAUAAAUGACCCAGGUUUUAACAAAAGAGCACUGUACAUGAUGACAAAUUUUACUAGAGAGCAUGAUAUCCGGCCACCUAGAGGUACUAUUUCCUAAAAAAUUUUCAAGUCUCAGUCCCAACCAGGGCUGAGGAAGGUGUGGCCUCAGACUGCCACCACCUUUUAAAACAUCUGCACCAUUGGUUAUGAAAACAAAAAAAUUCAUUGGAAUAGGAAUUUAGCUCCACAUUCUCAAUUUUCACACACACACACAC